UACUCUCUCUAGCUUCUUAGACUUUUUUAUAUGCAAAGACUUGAGAUAAUAUAUAUCAAGUCCAUCAUUAUUAUAUAGUUUUAGUAGUACAUAGUUAACACCUUGGAGGAGGUGGAAAGGAGGAAGAAGAAUAGGAAGAGAUGAAGGUGGCGGUGGAGGUGUUGGAAGCGCACGACCUGAUGCCGAAGGACGGCGGCGGCACGGCGAGCGCCUUCGUCGAGGUGGACUUCGACGGGCAGCGCCGCCGCACCCGGACCAAACCUUAUGACGUCAACCCCUUCUGGAACGAGAUUCUCUUCUUCGACGUCGCCGACCCCCUCGACCUCCCCAGCAGCACCAUCCACGUCGCUGUCUACCACGACCGCUCAGCCGGUGGCGGCGGCGGCCACCAGCAGGGCCGCAGCUUCCUCGGCCGUGUCCGCCUCUUCGGCUCCUCCGUUGCCCCUUCCAGCGCCGAGGCCGCCAUCCAGGUCUGCUCCCUCGACCGACGCCGCCUCUUCUCCCGCGUCCGUGGCGACCUCUCCCUUCGCCUCUUCGCCGUCCCAAACUCCUCCAAAGCCUCCUCCUCCAGCCACUCCCCCUCCACGACCGCUGCCGUCCCGGAAACCCAUUCCUCCGAGAACCCUCCGCCGGCCUCCAAGGAGAAGAAAGUCUUUCACACGGUGGGCUUCGAACCUGCGCAGAUUCGGACUAAAGAAUUCAUGAACAUGGAGAAGAACCACAGCCGAAGCCAUCACUUCCGAGCAGAAGCACCGCAGCCGCCUGCGGCGGCGGCGGCGAUGCACGUGGAGGCCCGUCCACAGCCGAAAUCCGAUUACGUUCUCAAAGAGACGCAGCCGCCGGUCGCCGCCCGGAGGGGCUACCGCGGCGGCGCCAAGAUCGCCAGCACCUACGACCUGGUGGAACAGAUGGAGUACCUCUACGUCAACAUCGUCAAAGCUCGGAACUUGCCGGCGAUGGACAUCACCGGCAGUGUCGACCCCUACGUGGAGGUGAAGGUCGGCAACUUCAUCGGAAAGACGCAGCACGUGGAGCGGAACCAGAACCCGGAGUGGGACCAGGUGUUCGCGUUCUCGAAAGAACAGCUCCAGGCGGACCGGGUGGAGGUAUGGGUGAAGGACAGGGGCGUCCUCAGGGAUGGGUUGGUGGGGAAAGUGAGCGUUCCCUUGGUGGAGGUCCCUUGGCGGCUCCCCCCGGACUCCCCCCUGGCCCCCCAGUGGUACAGACUGGAGGACGCGGAGAGGAGGGAGGAAGUGGGGAGGGGGGAGGUGAUGAUGGCGGUGUGGAAGGGGAGCCAGGCGGACGAGGCCUAUCCUGAAGCCUGGCAUUCGGACGCCCAUACUAUUCCCUUGGAGGCAGUCCUCCACACCCGUUCCAAGGUCUACUUUGCUCCCAGGCUUUGCUACCUCCGGGUUCAUGCCAUUGCAGCACAGGAUCUGGUUCCCUCCGAAGAGACCCGGCUCCAGCCCGAGACCCACGUCAAGGUCCAGCUCGGAUCUCAGAUCCGGUUCACCCGGCCCUCUCCGGUCCGCUCACUGAACCCGUCCUGGAACGAGGAGUUCAUGCUGGUGGGCUGCGAACCAUUCGACGAGCCGGUCAUAAUCACGGUCGAAGAUCGGCUCGCUCCCGGCAGGGACGUCCCACUCGGCCGGCUCGUCCUCAACAAACCCAGAAUCCCUACUCAGGCUGACCACCGCCGGAUCAUGCCAAACCAGUGGUUUGACCUCUCCAAACCCACCUUCUUUUCCGAAGACACCACCACCACCACCAGCGAGGAGCGGAGGAGAGACUCCAAGUUCUCCAGCAAGCUCCAUCUCCGGAUCUUCUACGACGCCGCCUACCACGUCAUCGACGAGCCCAUCCAAUACAGCAGCGACUUCCAGCCAUCAUCGAAGCCUCUCCGAAAGCAAAGCAUCGGAAUCCUCGAGCUCGGCAUUUUGAGCGCCAAAGAUUUGGUGCCCAUGAAGCUCAGCAAUGGCGUCGCCACCGCCGACGCCUACUGCGUCGCCAGGUACGGCCCCAAAUGGGUCCGAACCCGAACCCUCCUUGGCUCCCUCUCCCCCAAGUGGAACGAGCAGUACACUUGGGACGUCUUCGACCCCUGCACCGUCCUCACCAUCGCCGUCUUCGACAACUGCCAACUUCACAACAAUGGCAACAAGAACGGCAAUGGCUCCAAGGAUCAAAGGAUCGGCAAGAUAAGAAUUCGUCUCUCGACCUUAGAAACCAAUAAGCUUUACACUCAUUACUAUCCAUUGUUAUCUAUUCAACCUUCUGGUUUGAAAAAGAUUGGCGAGCUUCAUUUAGCUAUCCGAUUCACUUGCACCGCAUGGACCAACAUGGUCACCCUCUACACGAAGCCCAUGUUUCCGAAGAUGCACUACGUCAAACCGAUCCCGGUGUUGCAAAUGAACUACCUCCGCACUCAGGCGAUGGGUGUGGUCAUGUCUCGGCUUGCACGGGCGGAGCCGCCGCUCCGGAGGGAGGUGGUGGAGUACGUGCUCGACGUCGGCUCCCAUUUGUUCAGCGUGAGACGGAGCAAGGCCAACUUCGGACGUAUCGUUUUGUUGUUGUCUGGUGUGACGGCGGUGGCCAGGUGGUUCGACGGAAUUCGGAACUGGAAGAAUCCGGUGACCACAAUACUAGUCCACGCGCUGUUCUUGAUACUGGUGUUCUACCCGGCCUUGAUCCUGCCUACCGUCUUCCUCUACUUGUUUGCGAUCGGAGCAUGGAACUACGGGUCCCGGCCGACGGAGCCGCCGCACAUGGACACGGAGCUGUCGUGUGCCGAAACGGUGACGACGGAAGACUUGGAUGAAGAAUUCGAUCCAUUUGUGACGAGGAAGUCGAUAGAGGUGGUGAGGAGGAGGUAUGACCGGCUGAGGUCGGUGGCGGGGAGGGUGCAGGAGUUGGUGGGGUUCUUGGCGACGCAGGGGGAGAGAGUCCAGGGUCUGUUGAGCUGGAGGGAUCCCCGGGCGACGGGGAUCUUUAUAGUGUUUUCGGCCAUAUUAGCUGUUGUCUUCUACGCGGCGCCGAUCCAGGUGGUGCUGGUAGUGGUGGGGCUGUACGUGCUGCGGCACCCCAGGCUCAGGAGCAAGAUGCCUUCUGUGCCUUAUAAUUUCUUCAGGAGGUUGCCGGCCAUGUCUGAUAUGCUUCUAUGAACUAAUGAGCAGGAAGGAAGGAAGGAUGUGUAUUGUGUUGGACCACUGUCAGCCUUUUUUUUAAUCAUCUCUCAGUCAUCCCCUGAUGACCUAUGAAUCUACUCGGUUAGUGUUUUACCGCAGGAUCCAUGAGAAUGGUACCUCUUUGGUUGUUUCGAACGAAGGGAAAGGGGAUGAAACUUUUUCUUUUUUUUAAUUUUU